UUGUCCUUGGUUGCUUGAAAAAAAAAUUUACGUGAAAAGGCGGUAGUAGAAAAUUUCUCUAGUUCAAAGUGAUAAUUUGUCGGUAUUAAAAAAAAAGUGAAAUUUUUAAAGAAAACAAAUUGUUUUGAAAAUGUCGGCUAACACUGUUUUAUUCGAUUUUACAAUUGAUCCAAGCCGAAUUGGAGAUGAUUCGUUACGUGCUGAUGCAGUAAAACUAAUUAGAUCUGAAUUGGAAAGGAUUUUUUCCGAUUUAAAAUUUACUUACGACAUGCAUACUGUUGAUGGAUAUUUUGUGAUUUUAUCUGAAAAUAAAAUUUUAAUUACAAUUCGAUUCUACAACCAAGGAUUAAUAACAAUUAAUAUUGAAUAUUAUCUUGAGGAUGCUGAAGAAUCCAAACUUAAUUUUGAUACAUCAAAACGACUCGAAAAUACCUUGGCAAAGAAACUAAAAGUUUUAAAUGGACAAAUUUUGCCGCCAAUAAAACGAGGCAAUCUACCUAGGUAUUUUCCCUCAUCAGAUGAACGUAUCAUUGAAUAUGAUAUUGAUAAAAUUUUGUUCGAGGAACGCUCUGAAUAUCAAAAAAUUCAAAUUGUUCAUUCAAAGACAUUGGGAAAUAUGUUGAUACUUGAUGAACUUCAAAAUAUUGCUGAUGUAGAUCUAAUUUACACCGAAACUUUAAUGCAACGAGGCAUUGAAAAUUAUAAGGGAAAAGAAAUAUGUAUUCUUGGUGGCGGUGAUGGAGCAUUACUUUAUGAAUUACUUAAAGAGGAACCAAAAUAUGUUGUUAUGUUGGAAAUUGAUGAAUUGGUAAUGCAAGCAUGUAAUAAAUAUAUGAAUUCGAUAUGCGGUGAUGUACUUGAAAAACGUAAAGGUGAUAAUUAUGAAAUAAUUGUUGGUGAUUGUAUGGAUUACAUGAAACGUUUUAUACAACAAGAACGUAAAUUUGAUUAUGUUUUUGGUGAUUUAACUGAUAUUCCAAUAUCAGAAACACCAACUGGUGAAAUAUGGGAUUUUAUACGAUCAAUUUUGGAGCAUUCUUUUAAAAUAUUAAAACCAGAUGGAAAAUUUUUAACUCAUGGUAAUGGUAGUAGCUGUCCUGAAUCAUUACGAAUGUAUGAAGAUCAAUUGAAAUUAUUGAAACCACCAGUUAAAUUUACGACAGCAAAAGCAUUUGUACCGUCGUUUAUGGAAGAAUGGGUAUUCUAUCAAGUCAGUUUGGCAUGACCAUCUCAAAUGGAUAUAAAAAAUUAUUGUUCAUGUAACUGUGACACUACAAAAAUGUCAUAUAUAAAUAAAACAGACAAAUUUAUUUUAAAAAGUUUGCUUCCAAAUGUUGAUCGAAUCGAGAAAUUUAAAUUUUUAAAUUAUUGUUGGAGCUUAUAUCAUUUGAUGAUAUCCUAGUAUUGUUUUUUUUAAUUUCUUAUUAUUUUUUUUUUUUUUUUCGAUUUAUUUUGAGUAAGAAUAGAAAAUUAAUUAUUAGUUUUGUUAAAAUUUAAUUUAGUAAAAUGAAAAAAAUAAUAUUAUUUUAGUAAUAACAAAU